GUUUCGUUCUUUUCGGUAUUAGCUUGAAAUGGUUAUGGGUAGGAGCAGGAGCCGGUCUCCCAAGCGCAAAGGCAGGCGAUCGUAUUCUACAUCUAGGGACAGAGAGAGGAGGUGGCAUGAACGUGAGUGGUCAUGGUCACAAGACAGAGACAGGAGGCAUAGUAGAUCCCAUUCUCCAAAUAAGAGAAGGCGGUCGAAGUCACCACCUACAAAAAGUAGAGAUAGACGAGAUGACAGAAGAGAUGGAAAUUUUAGAUCAAGAGAUCGCCAACCUGUAGAGGAAGAACCAGAAGAAGAAAAGACAGAAGAAGAGCUGGAAAUAAUGAGGAUAAUGGGAUUUUCUGCAUUUGAUUCCACAAAGGGAAAGCAUCUUGAGGGUAAUGUCAAUGCAUAUGCUGUAAAUAUCUCACAGAAACAAAAUUAAAGGCAGUACAUGAACAGAAAAGGG